AUGAUCAUCACUGGAUCAAAUGAUGAAGAUCACCUCAAGAAUGUGGAAAACGUCUUAAAGAGAUUAAAAGAAUAUGGGGUGAGACUGAAUUUAACAAAAUGCGAAUUUAUGAAAGAUCGUAUUACUUUCUUUGGCCAUGAUAUUGAUUGUAACGGACAACAUAUGACAGAGAAACUUGUCGAAGCAAUUGUGGAUGCACCGCGUCCUGAAAAUGUUUCUCAAGUCCGAGCAUUCACUGAUAAAUCAAUUCCAAAAAUGACAGCUGCUCGUUUACAGCGUUACGCAAUGUUUCUAGCAUCACACCAAUAUGACAUCGAAUAUCGUAAAACUGAAAAUCAUGGUAACGCAGAUUUUUUAUCAAGAUUUCCAUUGUCUGAAAGUUCACAUACAGAUGAUGAAAAAUAUUCUUUACGUUGCAUUUUUGAAGUAUUGCCCGUCACAAGUACGGAAAUAAGAAAAGCAACCACUAAUGAGCCAAUAUUGUCUAAAGUAGAUUUGGUCCUGAAAGGUUGGCCAAACAAAAUCAAAAAUGAUGAACUACAACCAUAUUUCAAUAGAAGACAUGAACUCAGUGUUCAUGAAGGAUGUUUAUUGUGGGGAAACAGAGUUGUGAUUCCACCUAAAUUACGUUCAAGAAUUUUAGAAGAACUACAUGAGUCACAUCCAGGCAUAGUCAAAAUGAAAGCAUUGGCUCGAUCAUAUGUCCGGUGGCCACAACUUACUAACUCAAUUGAAAAUAGAGUGAAAGAAUGCGCUUCUUGCCAGGAAACGCGAAAAAUGCCUGCAAAUGCUGAACUACAUAUGUGGGAAUUUCCCUCAAAUGCGUGGGAACGAAUUCAUGUUGAUUUUGCAGGACCGUUCAUGGAUAUGAUGUUUUUAGUUGUAAUUGACGCGUAUUCAAAAUGGGCAGAAGUAAUUCCUAUGCGUUCUAUCACAUCGCAAAGAACUAUCGAAGAACUCCGACACAUAUUUGCAAGAUAUGGUAUAUGCAAACAACUUGUGUCUGACAAUGGACCUACUUUCACGUCGGAAGAGUUUGCAAAUUUUAUGAAGAAUAAUGGAAUACGUCAUUCACGAUCUGCACCAUUUCAUCCGUCGAGUAAUGGUAUGGCAGAAAGAUUUGUCGGAAUUUUCAAGAGUUCUCUUCUCCGAGGAAGGAAGGGGUGA